GUCUUGGCUAAACUGUCGUCACCUGACCGACCUGUCAAAAAAGAAGGCCAGACGCAGUAGGGAUGAAUUUCUUCUAAUUUUGCCGAAAUUAUUUUAUUUUCGGCAUGAAUAAGUUACUAGGAGUGGCCCUUCUGCUGUUAGCAGCGUACCCUUGCGUAAAGGGACAAUACGAGGACGCUAGAUGCAAAUGCAUUUGCCCUAACCCUUCGGUGGUAAAUGCAUCGACUGAUUCCAACAGAAAAUACUACAUAGGCAACGUUCCGCCAAAUAAAUGCAACUGCGACUCUGUCGUCCUGGCAAAAGUGGGCGACCUAAUCAAAGGCAAAGAGCAAGAAUUCUGUCCUCGAUGCGAAUGCAAAUACGAGAGUCGAAACACUACAACUAUUAAGGUUGUGGUGAUAAUUGUUUUAUGGGCAGUCUCACUUCUCGUCGUGUACAUGUUGUUCCUCGUCUGCCUCGAACCACUGAUCAGUGGUCGAACAGGCAAGACUUAUCAGGAGCACGUGAAUGAAGACGAGAGUCACCAGAUGACGACCACCCAGCAGCAAGGCGGUGUCCUGGAUAGAGUAGGACACCAACAGGACAAGUGGAAAAGGCAAGUGCGCGAGCAAAGGAGGAAUAUUUACGAUCGGCAUACUAUGCUUAACUGAAUGGAGCCUCAAACUAAAUGAGUGCAAAAUUCAGAUUCAACAUUCUUGUCUCAUAAUAUUAAGAUUGUUUAGUGACAGAAUUUAUUAAUUGAUUAAUGUUUUCAGUGAUAUGUGUUCUCCAGAAUAAAGUAAAUAUUAUAAUAUACCUUAAAAAAA